UGAAUCCUCUUCACAGAAAAAAGCUCCAGCUCUCUCCCGGCAAAAUCCACUACCGCUAUAUGCUCUUCGUCUGUCUUUGUCUAUUACCAAAAAGAGAUUAAAAAAAAAUGAUUUGCAUUGCAUUACUCUCUUUUAUCCAUUUUUAAAAUCACUCAAAUCUCUCUCUUUCUCUUUCCCUCUCUCUCUCUUUCCAAUGGAGAACGGUCUCUCUGAAGAUCUCUCCGAUUCAACUCAGUUACCCGAAUCAGACAACGACCAGCGAGUCUACUUUGUUCCAUACAGGUGGUGGAAGGAUGCACAAGAUGCAACGACGUCGGAUGAAUCAGAUGGGAAUAGAGGGGUUCUGUUUAUGGCAACUCCACCUUCAUCGUAUGCAGGUCCUAUGAAGCUUAUAAAUAGCAUCUUCAAUCCAGAACUUGCGUUUAAUUUGAGGAGAGAAGAGAAUUCUUUGCAGAAUGGUGAAAGUGGUGAAGUGGGUAUCUCCGGGCGGGAUUUUGCAUUGGUUUCGGGAGAAAUGUGGUUGCAGGCACUUAAAUGGCACAGUGACACUAAAGUUGCAGCAAAGUGUGGAAAAACCUUUUCAGCUGCAGAAGAUGACAUGUCAGAUGUCUACCCUUUACAACUCAGGCUUUCUGUAUUGCGAGAGACAAAUUCAUUAGGAGUAAAAGUUAUCAAAAAGGACAAUGUAACUGAGCUUUUCAGAAGAGCCUGCAAGAUUUUCAGUCUUGAUUCUGAGAUGCUUCGCAUCUGGGACUUUUCGGGGCAGACGGCUCUUUUUUUCAUAAAUGACAAAACUAAGUUCCCGAAGGACUGUCAGCAGCAGUCUGAUCAGGAGCUUCUCCUGGAGUUGCAAAUUUAUGGAUUAUCUGAUAGCAUUAAGUGCAGAGAAGGGAAGAAAGCUGAUAUGGCUGUACAAAAUUAUAACGGAAUACAUUCUUCUGGAACUUCAACUGCUAUGAAUGGAAAUGCAGGCAAUACAAGCACCAGUAUUUUCCGCAGCAAUUCUUCAGCGUUUUUCGGCAGAUCUGGAGAAGCUGGUUCCUUGGGAUUGACAGGAUUACAGAAUCUUGGAAAUACUUGCUUCAUGAAUAGUGCCAUUCAGUGCUUAGCACACACACCAAAGCUUGUAGACUAUUUUCUUGGAGAUUAUGGUAGAGAAGUAAACCACAAGAACCCUUUGGGGAUGAAUGGCGAGAUUGCCUUAGCUUUCGGGGAUUUGUUAAGGAGAUUGUGGGCUCCUGGAGCAACUCCCGUGGCUCCAAGAACAUUCAAGUCAAAGCUUGCUCGUUUUGCUCCUCAAUUCAGUGGCUUUAAUCAGCAUGAUUCUCAGGAACUCCUUGCUUUUUUGUUGGAUGGGCUCCAUGAGGAUCUGAAUCGUGUGAAAUCCAAACCUUAUGUAGAAGCCAAAGAUGAGGAGAGUCGGCCAGAUGAAGAAGUAGCUGAUGAAUAUUGGCAGAAUCAUGUGGCUCGCAAUGACUCUGUUAUUGUCGAUGUUUGCCAGGGUCAAUAUAAAUCAACUCUAGUUUGUCCUGAUUGCAGAAAGGUUUCUGUUACAUUUGAUCCAUUUAUGUACCUAUCACUACCUCUACCGUCAACAAAUACCCGGACUAUGACUUUGACAGUUGUUAGUGCCGAUGGCAGUAUUCCACCAUCUUCAUACACCAUUUCUGUGCCGAAGUUUGGAAAAUGUGAAGAUCUUAUCCAGGCUCUAAGCAUUGCAUGUUCUUUAGGGAUUGAUGAGACCCUAUUGGUGGCGGAGGUAUACAACAAUCGCAUUAUACGAUUUCUAGAGGAGCCAGCAGAUUAUUUGUCCUUAAUCAGAGAUAAUGACCGCUUGGUUGCUUAUCGGUUAAAAAAAGAUUUUGACAAUUCUCCCUUGGUUGUUUUUAUGCAUCAGCACAUGGAGGAGCAUUACUUCCAUGGGAAACUUACUUCAAGUUGGAAGGCAUUUGGAAUCCCUCUAGUAGGGAAUGUCCACAAUUUUGUCACUGGGUCUGACAUUCAUAAUCUAUAUCUGCAAUUGGUUGCUCCAUUUCGGAUACCUCCUGAUGGUACCUUGGAUAAUGACUUGGACAGCACUACAAUUGAAGAAGUGGAAGGGAUGGUGGAUAACACCGGUUCCUCUCCUGAUGGGGAUGCAAAACCCUGUAGUGCAAAAGGGGUUGAGUUACCAUCAGAUUCUGAACUACAGUUUUAUUUAACAGAUGAGAAGGGAAUGGUCAAGGAUGAAAAUAUAGUAAUGAAUGAGCCUGUACCAAAGAUAGGAUUACACAAGCGGUUUAACGUGCUUGUUUGUUGGCCAGAAAAACUGACUAAACAGUAUGACACAAGCCUUCUUAGCUCAUUGCCUGAGAUUUUCAAGUCUGGAUUUUUUGCAAAGAGACCUCAGGAAUCUGUUUCUCUAUACAACUGCCUAGAAGCAUUUUUAAAGGAGGAACCUCUUGGACCAGAAGACAUGUGGUACUGUCCAAGUUGCAAGCAGCAUCGUCAAGCCAGUAAAAAAUUAGAUCUCUGGAGACUGCCAGAGAUUCUGGUUAUUCAUUUAAAGAGAUUCUCGUAUACGCAUUCUGCAAAGAACAAGCUAGAGACAUAUGUUGACUUCCCUGUUGAUGAUCUUGAUUUGUCAACGCAUCUUUCCCACAAGAAUGGUCAGUUAUCCCAUCGUUACAUGCUUUAUGCUAUCAGUAAUCACUAUGGAAGCAUGGGAGGCGGUCACUACACAGCAUUUAUCCAUUAUGGGGGUGAUCAGUGGUAUGACUUUGACGAUAGUCAUGUUUCCCCAAUCAGCCAGGAGAAGAUAAAGACUUCUGCUGCAUAUGUUCUUUUCUACAGAAGAGUUUUGAAGUAGAGUUAUUAAUCUUGAGGAACAAUAUAGAAGCUAGACAUCAUUGUUGAAUCCGUUAGCAUUUUUGGCCUAUUAGUCUGUCUAACUAGUAUCAUAUCAAAGGGUCUCAUUCUUUUGUUUUUUUCCCCAUAAUUUAUUUCAAAGCAGCUAAGAGUUUCCAGCAUAGAUUAUAGCAUAAAGUAGGUCAGCAGCAGAUGACAGUGAAGCAUACUGAAAAGGGAGUUUAAUGAAUACCUGUGACCAUCAGUGAGUUUUGUCAACGGUUUAUUUCAAGUUGUUAACCUCUCCAAAGAGGGUUUUCUUCCCUUUUUUUUCUUUCUUUCCAACUUUCAUGUAACUUUCCCAUUACUAGUGAUCAGAAAUAUUGAUUAUUUAAUUGGAAAAUUCUUGGUUAUCAAUUGAAAUUUGAUUUCAGAA